AUGCCGAGGAAAGUCCUAGUGUCUGAAGUGGUAUUGCACAACAAGCCAGAAGAUAUCUGGAUUGUUGUCAAUGGUCAGGUAUAUGAUAUGACCGACUUUUCAGAAGAGCAUCCUGGGGGAGCAGAAAUAAUUCAUAGUUUUGGGGGCAGGGAUGCUUCGAAAGCCUACAAUGAAGUCCAUGCACCCAGUCUCAUUCAGAAAACACUAGAAUAUAAUUGCCACAUUGGUGCCCUCGACGUGGCCAGCAUCAAUGAUGAAUGGCAGGUGAAGACAGCCCCGAGUGCUCAGAUAUCUAUGUCUGAAUCCGCCACGGAAACAUCGUUGGAAUCAAUCAUCAAUCUUAACGACUUCGAGGAGAGUGCUCAGCAAAGUCUUUCCGAAAAGCCAUGGGCGAUCAUAAGUGGAGGCUCGAAUGACAAUAUCACCCGCGACGCGAAUAUAUCUAUACUCCAGAGAAUUUGGCUGCGUCCCGCUGUACUGAGGGAUGUUGGGCAAGUGAAUACACGGUCGCAGCUAUUUGGCUGUGAUCUGCAUGUGCCCAUCUAUAUUGCACCAAUGGGAGGAGCGAAAGCCGGAGGUCCGGACGGAGAGCUUGCGAUGGCAAAAGGGGCCGCUGCUUCCAGCAUUAUCCAUUGUAUUUCCACGCCUGCCUCCUUUCCUCAUGACGAAAUCCUCGAAGCCACCCCUAGGCAUGCGUUCUUUCAAGUCUACGUUAAUAAAGACCGACAAAAGUCAAAGGAGGCAAUACAUAAAAUGACGAAAUCAGGCAAGAUCAAAGCGAUAUUUGUCACCGCUGAUCUGCCUGUUAUUUCCAAGCGCGAGGCAGAUGAAAGAAUUAGGCCGGAUACCCCUGGUGGGAAAAAAGACAAGAAAGGUGGAGGCUUUACUCGGCAAGCUAGUUCAUUCAUUGAUCCAACUUUCAAUUGGGAUGCUUUACAGUGGAUGCGGAGCUUCACGGACCUACCAAUAGUGGUGAAAGGCAUACAGCGCGCCAAAGACGCUGUGAUCGCCAUGAGAAUGGGGUGUGAUGGAAUUGUGCUCAGCAACCAUGGCGGCCGGGCAGCUGACACUGCACCACCAGGGAUCCUCACCUUGCUUGAACUUCACAAAAACUGCCCAGAGGUGUUUGGAAAAAUGGAAAUUCUGGUCGAUGGUGGCUUUAGAAGAGGAUCAGACAUCGUCAAAGCUAUUUGUUUAGGCGCUUCUGCGGUUGGGAUCGGCAGGCCGUUCAUGUAUUCGAUCAAAUACGGGUCAGAGGGGAUUGAGCAUGCUGUUGAGAUUAUCAAGGACGAGAUCGAGACUGCAAUGCGACUAUGCGGGAUGACAGAUCUAAUGCGCGAUGCUCAUCCGGAUUUUGUAAAUACUGGCGAAAUUGACCACCUAGUGCCAAAUUUCCACCACCCUUAUGCUCGAAUAAUAGCUAGAAGAGUAUCAAAAUUGUAA